AUGUCAAACCAUCGGUUCGUUAUUGCUCAUUGUGGAGUUACGAUAACAACAACAGACAACAACAAACAACAACGACAAACAACAACAACAAACAGCAGCGACAAACAACAACAACAAACAGCAGCGACAAACAACAACAACAAACAGCAGCGACAAACAACAACAACAAACAGCAGCGACAAACAACAACAACAAACAGCAGCAACAAACAGCAGCGACAAACAGCAGCGACAAACAGCAGCGACAAACAGCAGCGACAAACAGCAGCGACAAACAGCAGCAACAAACAGCAGCAGCAAACAGCAGCGACAAACAGCAGCGACAAACAGCAGCAACAAACAGCAGCGACAAACAGCAGCGACAAACAGCAGCGACAAACAGCAGCAACAAACAGCAGCGACAAACAGCAGCGACAAACAGCAGCAACAAACAGCAGCGACAAACAGCAGCGACAAACAGCAGCAACAAACAGCAGCGACAAACAGCAGCGACAAACAGCAGCAACAAACAGCAGCGACAAACAGCAGCGACAAACAGCAGCAACAAACAGCAGCGACAAACAGCAGCAACAAACAGCAGCGACAAACAACAAUAAACAACAGCAACAAACAACAACAACAAACAGCAGCAACAAACAGCAGCGACAAACAGCAGCGACAAACAGCAGCGACAAACAGCAGCGACAAACAGCAGCGACAAACAGCAGCAACAAACAGCAGCGACAAACAACAACAACAAACAGCAGCAACAAACAGCAGCGACAAACAGCAGCGACAAACAGCAGCAACAAACAGCAGCGACAAACAACAACAACAAACAGCAGCGACAAACAACAAUAAACAACAGCAACAAACAACAACAACAAACAGCAGCAACAAACAGCAGCGACAAACAGCAGCGACAAACAGCAGCGACAAACAGCAGCGACAAACAGCAGCAACAAACAGCAGCGACAAACAGCAGCGACAAACAACAACAACAAACAACAACACCAGACAACAAUAA